GUUUUGCAAAUAUUGAUCAUUUGUGAUGGAAUUUUUUUUUGUUGUUUUUGAAAUAACUUUUUUUUUGACAUGCAAUUAUUUUGUUUAAUUAAUAAUUUUCGUCGUUUAAAUAGUAGAUUAAUAGCCAUUAGAAAUUUAUAUAACAACAACAGUAAAUCAACACAAAUUGAAACAGCUAAAAUGUCUAAAUUAAAAUGUACACAUUUACGUGAUUUAAAUCAAGAAACAUUCAAUCUAUUUGAACGAUUAAUCAAAACGGAUGAAAUACAAUAUUUGAAUGAAAUUUUUCAUUCAAAUGGUUUUGAAAUUAGAAUGGCCGGUGGUGCUGUACGUGAUAUUUUAUGUCAUAUCGUUCCGAAUGAUAUUGAUUUUGCAUCCGAUGCUAAACCCGAUGAAAUGAUUAAUAUUUUAAGUAACAAACCUGAUAUACGUUUAAUAACGACACAAUCCGGAACAAAACAUGGUACAGUUACAGCACGUAUACGUGAUAAAUCACAAUAUGAAAUAACAACAUUAAGAAUCGACAGAAAUACUGAUGGUCGUCAUGCUGAAGUUGAAUUCAUUAAUGAUUGGAAAUUGGAUGCAUCGCGAAGAGAUUUAACAAUCAAUUCAAUGUUUAUCGAUAUGAAUGCAAUGCUUUAUGAUUAUUUUGAUGGUGAACAGGAUUUGAAAAAUAAAUCGAUUCGUUUUGUUGGUGAUCCGGAUAAACGUAUUAAAGAAGAUUAUCUUCGAAUAUUUCGUUAUUUUCGUUUUCAUACAAGAUUUGGUACGGAUGGUUUACAUGACCGAAAUGUUAUUGAAAUAAUGCGUAAUAAUAUUGAAGGAUUAAAAACGAUAAGCGGUGAAAGAAUUUGGUCCGAAAUGAAACGUAUUUUGAUCAAUGUAAAUUGUACGGAUUCCAUAAGAAUGAUGUUUACCGAUCUGAAAAUUGGAAAAUAUUUAGGUUUUAUCAACGAUAUUGAUUUGACAGAAUUUUUUAAAAUUCAACAAAAUUUAAUCCGUACCACUAUGAUAUGGAAAGUUUCAACAUUAUUUGCAUCAUUAAUUUGUGAUUUAGAUGAAUUAUCUUCGAUUACAUUACGAUUGAAAUUAUCCAAUAUUGAACGUGAUACAAUUGCCUAUAUUAUAUCGAAUCGUUUUGCCAGUAAUGAUGAAUCAGGUGAUGAUAAUGAUCGAAAACAAAAUCUUAAAAUUCAAUUAGCCAUUGCACCAAAACCUAAUCAAAAAAAUUUAAAAGAUUUUAUUCAACAAUUUCUUAUCUAUAAAGGAUAUGAUGACGAAUUCAUUGAAGAAUUACAACAAUGGCCAAUUCCGAUAUUUCCCUUUAAUGGUACAAUGAUAUUUGAUAAAAUUCAGAAUAAAAAAGAAUUAAAAAUUAUACUUGAACAAAUACGUUUGAAAUGGGCUAGGCAAAAUUUUUCAAUGUCACAAGAACAAUUUUAUAAUGAAGUUGAUAAUAUUAUUAAUCAAAUAAGAAAUAAUCAUGAUUGUAAAUAAAAAUUUUUUUAUUUGUAAAAAAAAAAAUUUCAAAAAUUACAAAAUUUCAAAUUUUUUUUUUUUUUGUUGAAAAAAUUCAUUCGAAUUCGAAUAUUCGAACAUUGUUGUUGUUGUUUCUGUAUCUGUUGAUGAUUCGGCAGUUGCCAUCAUCGAUGUUGUUGCUGUUGUUGUUGCUGAUGUCGAUGUUGUCAAUGUUGAUGAUGUUGAUCAU